GCACACUGAUCAUCAGUGCCCUGAUGAUCAGUUAGCACUGAUGAUCAGUGCCCUGCAGUGCCACCCAGCAGUGCCACCUACCAUUGCCCAGCAGUGCCACCCACCAGUGCCCAGCAGUGCCGCCAUUCAAUGCCGCCAGUCAGUGCCACCUGUCAAUGUCGUCGUCCAUUAGUGCCACCUAUCAGUGACCUUAAUUUCUGCAUAUCAGUGCAGCAUCAUCAGUUCCUUCUCAUCAAUGCCAACCAGUGCCGCCUCAUCAGUGCAGCCUAUCCAUGCCAUCUCAUCAGUGCCCAUCAGUGCUGCCUAUCAGUGCAGCCUCAUCAACGCACAUCAGUG